GCCUAAUCGCUGAACGAAGGGCAAUAUUAGGCGAGGAUGUGGGCCAUACUGUCAUUCCACAAGUGCGAUUGCAAACAAAAGAGUGGCUUCAACUUUAUCAAAAUAAACUAGUGGCCCGUUUCGCUCGACUUGGACAAGUAACAAAGUUUGGCACCUAGGAAACACGUACCAGUAAGGGAUUCUACAAUGUAGAGAAGACCUUCACUAAAAAUCACUAUAGAAAUUCCGUGUUUGUAAAAGGAUGCGCGCCGCUGAAGUCAUGCUAUUGGUACUGCCUGAGAGGCCUGCUAAUCAGAAACUGGCAAGUGGCAAUUCGGUCUUUUCACCCACCCUGUUUGGUGUAGAGUUGUAGACAAAUCAAUUGAAAAUGCGGUAUAUUCAUUUACCAAGUGUUCAAGAUAACGCCGAAGACGACGACGAGUUGUACAAGUCUUCUUUAGGAAGGAACAGGUUCAUUACAGCACAACACCAUCGCUUUCGCACUCGGCUCGGCUGACAUGCCGAGGCAUUGCACCAAGCCAGCGUCGACUUCGGGGGUAUAAAUUAAGUUCCGUCAUCACUGCAAGACGAUCUUUAGCUGUGAGCUUCUGCGGCCAUGUGAAAGCGGCCCUGCCGUUGGGGUGCGAUCACACGAAAUUUUCGGUGACUUAAACCAGUGCCUCUGACGACAGGAAAGGCUGCUUCCAGGAAAUUUCGCUCCUGCAGAAAGCAUGUUCCUUCCGCAUUCAUCAAGGAAAAAAGGAAGAAAGAAAGGAACUUCCUUACUGCGCGUCCUUGUCAUUGGUGUGGGACUAUAAAUUAAAUGGCAGAGGAGCGCACCAAGGGACAUGCCAAGCAAGAGCAUGCAGUCCAUGACACUAGACAUGCCUAAUGCCGUGCGAGCGAUGAGCUCGCACCUGGGGGCGCCCGUCGCGCGAGAGCCGCUACUGCAGCCGGACCUGCCGCCGCCUCCGCAGAUACGAGCGGAGGGUGGACCGCCGGGCGAUGCUGACGCGGCCGGCCAUGGCCGGAGUUUCCCGUGGCUGGCCACCGCGGGCUUCGGUUACCUCACUUUCAGCUCUGGAAUGGCUCUGCACCGCUCGCGUGGCGACCCCGGCGCCGUCGCAUUCAUCCUCUUCGCGUACGUCGACCUCGUCUUGCUCUUCUACUGCCUCAGGAGGUACGAGCGCGCCGAGCCAGGCUCGCCGCUCAGGGACUGGCUGAAGGUGGCCGUCUGGCUCCUCACCGCGUCCCUCACGCUAUUGUUCUCCUACAAGGUGGCUGCCGUCAUGCCCGCCGCCGUCGCCGUGCUCGUCUGGGUAUUGGGGCUCGCCACAAUUACCGGAGGGUUUGUUGCUUUUUUCUGCUCUAAAAGACGUAAGACUUCUGUACGAUUGUAAUAAAUUUUUUUCAAAAUAGAUGGACUUUUCUUAUUUCCCA